AUGAAUCCCUGCAGCUAUCGCAAUUACAUGGACGAGAUGCUCGAAAUAAUCGACGAAAUUGAAUGCCGGUGAGUCUUUUUCCAAAAAUUCUCGUUAGGAAAUAAACGAACGAAACGAAAUAAAAUAAUAAUGUAAAAUAAAAAGAGAGAGAGAGAGAGACGUAUAAGCACCCUCUGUUUAAAUCGAUAAUUUUCUACAGAAAACCCGAGCCGGAAGUGUGUAACGUCAGAUGUCCACCUUUGGGCUGUCCACGAGGACCUUGUCCAGGGAUGUGCUGUUACAACGGGGAUUGCGAUCCUUGUUGCAUAUCGCAAAUGCCUUGUUGUCCGCCACCUCCUCCGCCCCCUAAGUGUCGAGCACCUCCAUUGUGUUGCUUAAAAACCUAUGCCAAGGCAGUCGGCUACCCUCCAGAGUCUCCUCUUACUCCACCUUGCGUACGAUUGCGUUAUAAACUUUGCGCAAGUACGCUCGACAAAAUUUCUCGUCUUUCACCAGUUUCUUCCAUCAUUUGUCCUUCACCUUGUUACGCAGUCCCAACUUCCAAACCCUAUCCAUGC